CGCUUUUUGUCGCAACAGCUGUUACUGCGGUCUCUGUUGUCCCAUCUUGCUUUCCGUACAAGCUCUCACAUGACUGUCAGAUACAUAGAGGAACUUCCUUCUCAAUUUGCUAAAAGUUUCUCUUUUUUCGUACGAAAAUGUCGCUGCUCGUGGUGUUGCUGCUGUCACUGCUGGCGGUUUGCGGUUCCAGCCGAUGUCCGUGUGUCCGACCGGAACUCUGCCGGCACGUCCAGGACCAGAGAGACUUCGAGGUGUUUGUCUUUGAUGUGGGAGGAAAGGAAUGGAAAUCCUACAACUGGAGCAUGGUGACGACUGUGGCAAUGUUUGGACCGUAUGAUGCUGAGCUCAUGUGUCAUGCUCACUCUAAGGGUGCACGAGUCGUCCUUAAAGGUGAUGUUCCUUUAUCCUACCUUGUGGACAAAUCCAACAGAACAACAUGGAUUACAGAUAAGGUCAACUUGGCCAAAAGCCAGUUCAUGGAUGGCAUUAACAUUGAUAUUGAGCAAGCGGUGGAUGAAGGCUCGCCAGAGUACUACGCCUUGACAGAUCUGGUUAAAGAGACCACUGCGGCCUUCCACAAGGAAAUCCCAGGUUCCCAGGUCUCUUUUGAUGUUGCCUGGUCACCCAAGUGCAUUGACAAGCGUUGCUAUGACUACGUGACCAUCGCAGAAUCCUGUGACUUACUGUUUGUGAUGUCCUACGAUGAGCAGAGCCAGAUCGCCGGGGACUGCAUCGGAAAGGCAAAUGCCCCACUCGCCCAAACACUAAAAGCUUAUCAAGAUUAUUUAGACCUGAAGAUUGAUGCUAAGAAAUUGGUGAUGGGCGUACCGUGGUAUGGCUAUGACUAUCCGUGUGUCAACCUUUCCCAGGAGGGCGUUUGCUACAUAGAGAAAGUUCCUUUCCGCGGAGCUCCUUGCAGUGAUGCAGCAGGAACACAAAAACCGUACGAGUGGAUCAUGAAGCAGCUGAACAGCUCCACAUCAGGAAGGCUGUGGGAUGAUGAGCAGAAGGCUCCCUACUUCUAUUACAAGGACCAGUAUGGACAAAUGCAUCAAGUUUGGUACGAUGACCCACAGAGCAUUUGUCCCAAAGCAGACCACGUUAAGGCUAAAGGCCUGAGAGGCAUCGGCAUGUGGAACGGCAACAUUCUGGACUACAGCGAGGAGCCUGUUGCCAGGCAGCAGACCGCGAUGAUGUGGAAUGCCUUGUUAGGAUGCUAGCUGGGAAACGGCGAAGGCAGCUGGAAGAAUUUACGAGAUCCGGAGAGAACCUUCAUCCUGUCUGCUGCCAAGUCCUUUUGUGGCAGUAAUGGGUUGUGGUGUGCCUCUGAUCUAAGGGAUUUGACGCAGUGACAAAUCAAGUUUUCCAGAAAGAUUUUUUUUAUAUGAUUUGUUUCUUAAAUGUUUUAUUUUCCAGAAUCACUCAUCUAUGAGGUGACACUCCAUUUUUGCAGUUUUUUUAUGCAACAGCAAACAAAGAUCAAAAUUAAGGGAAAAUUAAAACAAUUCAGGCUCACAGGAAGAUUUUUUUUUAAGUUUUUACACAUCAGAUGAGCUGCUUUGAACGUGCAGCCCGGUCCAUGCAGGGUCUCCCUUCAGCUGACUCUUCUUCUGGAGCAGCUCUGCCUUCAGGGCCUUAAGCUCUGCAGCAGCCUGCUUCCGCAACUGCAAAUUACAAGAGAAAACAUAUUUUCUUUUAUAUCUCACCUUUCCAAAUUUUCAAAAAUAAAUGUCUUACUUUUAUCUCUGCAACCAGCUUCAUCUGAGCAUCUUCUACUUUUCUCUUUAGCUUGUCGAUCUCAUAAGUCUCCUUCAUGAUCAGAACGGUGAGCUCAUUCUGAAAUCAAGGGAUUCAAUUUCUAAUGAACAAAUAAAGACUAUCUAAUUAUUGAUUUUUUAUAUAAAAUUUUAUUAUUAUUGUAUUAAUAAAAAAUACACAUUUCAAUGUGCAGUUUUUGGUGGAUUAUAAAAAAAAUUAAAGAUCUAGUAAAAUGUUUGUUUUGACUGUCUUUUGUCACACAGGAGUAUUCUUCUACCCAUUUGGUAGUAAUUUGAUUACAUCUUGGAAAGAAGUUAAAAUCUAAUUAAAUGUUGACAAUUUUUUGCAGAAAAUUCGUUUUUUUAUUAAAUAAACUGAAAUGAAAUGCUCUGAGUUAAAAAAAAAGUCAAAUAAUGAAAGUUGGAAAGAUGAUUUUUUAUUCUCCAAGUAAAAUCUGAAAAAAAGUGAUAUAUUAUUUUCUAAAUCAAUCAGAGAAUGAGUGAUUGAUCCAGACCUUCUCUGAAGAUCUCCCCUGUCGCCUGAUUUUCCCUCUGCUUUCUCUGGCCUGGAGCUGCAGCAGGAGCUUGUUGUAAAACGUCUCCAUCUCCUGCCUCAAGUCUUUCAGCUUGUCCUCCAGAGGACCUGUAGCCUUCUUGGUUUCAAAGUAUUUCUUUUUCCAGCAAUUUCGUGCUUGAUUUUUGUGAAAAACCAGACAGUAGAUUUUUAUAACUCCUUGAUGUUAAUGAUAAUUAUUUAGAUUUUCAACCUUUCAACCUUGGUUCCUGCGAUGGCUGCUCUGAGCCAGCAGGUCCUUCCCUUUCCGUAGCAGUUCUUGUUUCGUCCACUCCAGCUGCUUCCUCUUCUCCCUCACUAGUUUGAUUUCUUCAAUAAGUGCUUCUCCUUGUAAUAAAAAAGUAUUGUUUUAAAAAUUAAAGUAUGAAGACAUAAUUUGUGUGAAAACUCACGGUCUGUGUGAAGAACUGGACAACAUGUUGGAGUUUCUUUAUUGCAGGAGGUGGACCCACUUGACUUUUGUGACUCCUUAAGACGCAUAAAUUCAGCAGUAAACUUUAUCGUGGUGUCUUAA